CUGGACUAGCGGACUCACGCUUGGCGCCCAAGCCGCCGUCGACAUGAAGGCGCGGCGUAAGCCAACGUCACCGAUUUUCUCUUCUCUCUGCUUCCGUGCGUGAUCUAUGACACCAGUGGUUGUAAGCCAGUGGUAACCGCUAUGCUACAAACUCCGAGCCCCCAGCCACAAUCAAAGCCCGCGAGGCCGAAGCGGGUUAUCACCGAAGCGAGGAAGCUGCAAAAUCGGGAGGCGCAGCGGGCCUAUCGACAACGACAAAAGGAGCGUACUCAGAAAGGUAGAUCAGGACUUCAAGAGAAGGGGAAGGGAGGGUCGACUCGAUACCAGCAGCUUCAACCCUACCCCUCUACACAAAAUGUCCAGCGCGAUGUUCCUAGCGUUGAGGCUCUAGACUGGGAUGCGCAGGAUUAUAGACAAGCGUAUUCGGGGUUGACUGCGGUAUCUAGUAUAGCCGGUACGGACCUGUCGGUGUCCACACCCUCUAGUGGGACCUUGCAAGAGACGCAGUCGAUCGGCGGGGCGAGUUCGGCGGGUGGUCUCUCCGGUGGGGGAGGGUUUCUAGACCUCUUGUUUCCAACUCCAACUACCACUUCGAGCUCGAGUUUCGUUGUCGACGAUUUCCUGAUCGGGUCAAGCCAUCAAGCCUUCUUGCCGACCCCAGCAGAGGAAGUGGAUACAGAAGGCUUAGAGGAUUCUCUCUCAAGUACAUCAUCCUCGACAUCAAAUUAUACAUACCCAACUCCCAGACGAGCUACAUACCAGCAGAAUCAACAACAGCAAUAUGAGCACCAACGACAAGCCUUCCGCCCAACAGCCUCCUCCCAAACAACGCUUCUCUCAAACCCGUACAAAAACGCCCUUCAAACCCCCAAAACAAACCUCAUAACCGCGUGCCUUUCCAACGCCUCCGCGCUCGGAAUCUCCAUCGAAGAGUUCUUCUCAUACAACUGCAUGUCGCUCUGCUCCCCCUUCUACAGACAGACGACAUCCGCGUCUGUCGACCCAACGACGCUCCUAUCUUCCGUAACAUCGUGCUACCCGGCUCUCCCAGCCCAUUUGAAACCAACGCUCCCGCAAAUCCUCAUCCCGCACCAUCCGCUGUUUGAUCUUGUUCCGAUUCCCAUAUUGAGGUCUAGGGCGAUUAUUCUGUCGGUUACGUUGCCGCAUUUGGUCGAUAUGUUUGAGCUCAAGGGUGAUAUUGUUGAGGGGGGACUGCUUUGUCUUGGGUCCGGGGCUGGAAGGGAUGGGGCGAAGGUGAUAGGGAAUGGGAGUGGGAGCGUGACUGGGCAACCGUGGGAGGUGGGGAGCUGGGAGAUUGCGCCGUGGUUUUUGAAGAAGUGGAAGUUGUUGUUGGAUAAGGAGAGUGGGGAUCUUUGGGGGUAGGGAGCGGGUUCCUACCUAGUAGAACCUUGCGUCUGCCACGGUGGCUGCGAGUUGUUUGUUUGGCCUUGCUGUAUGAGCGUGAUUUAGAUUUAGCCCUUGGAUUGUAUGCUGCUCUUACUCGACAGCGAAGAGCGUUUAUUCUAAUUUCCUUCUUCAAGAUAUAUAUAAAGCACUGACCGUUGUCUGCCGUCUUGCAGUACCUGAGAAUAGAGUCCAUUUCCGCACUGCCAUUUAUCUCAUUCUUUCCCACAAUAUUCAUCUAGAACUUUGUUGGAUCCCAAGGCCCCUGCUCCUGACAAAAUUCACUGCGCCCC